UAUAAACUAAGUAAAUAGAGCGAUAAAAUAAGAGAUAAUUGUUCAAAGUCUGUACUCUCUGUCCCAUUAAUUAUGGAACUUACUACGUUCAUAUUAUAAAAAAUAGCCCCAAAAAAAUCGGGUUGAAUAUAAUUAAACGCAGGUUUUUCUAAAUAUAUAUAAAAAAAUCACUGGUCUGUCAUCAAUAAACUAAACACACAUUGUUUUUUAUACGAUACAAUAUUACUGUUAUAUUUUUGUGACAAUAGGCACCAAAAUUUUGACAGAAUUUUGACGCCAUUACGAAUGUUACUAAAAGUGUUAGUUUUGCCGUUUUAAUUUUAAAUGCAUCUAUAUUCUCGAAUUCUGUUUUUAAUGCUAAAACAUAAUUUCUUUUAUACCUAAACAGUCACUGUGAAUAAAUAUGGUUUUUAAGGACUGUUGAAAACCCAAUCUUAGUCUUCGCGUUGUAUAAAUAUACCAGAUGAAUGAAAUCUGAAAUGAGAAUUUCGUCAUAGUGAAAUUACUAAAUGGUUUGAAUUUUUAGUUAAUUACUACCUUUUUUUACAAUUGCACGUGUAAUAAAAAAAAAUACGUAUGUUAAGAGGCUGUGAUAUCUUCUACGACUCACAGAUGACAAUUUCUGACAUGGAGAGAGAGGAAAGUAAUAAUCCAUAAUCAGUGCAAAUUAUAAUUCAAGAGCAGUGAAUAUUAUUAACUAGCAACAGUGUGAAUUAAUGAAGAUUAAUACUUCAAAUUAUAGGCGAGCAACAUUAAUAAUUAAUAACAAGCAGCAGUGAAAAUUAUAGUCCACCAACAGAACAUAUUAUUUAUCCACAAGAGUGAGAAUUAUAGUUCGACAAUAGCGUUAGUUAUAGUGAGGCAACAGAUCGAAUAUGUCUAGCAAGAGAGCACAUAAUUUAUAAGCAAUAGUGUAAAUUAUACAUCUGCAACGGUGCUAAUUAUGGAACAGCCAUUGUGCAAAUUAUAGAACAGCAACAGUAUGAUUUAUGGACCAGCAACAGUGCAAAUUAUCGAACACCAAUAGUGCAAUUAAGAGACCAGCCACAGUGCAAAUUCUAGACCAGCAACAGGGUGAUUAAUGAACCAGCAACAGUGCGAAUGAAUUAUAGAACAGGAAAAGUGCUAAUUAUACACUAGAAACAGGACGAAUUAAUAAAGAGUGAAUCGUAUGAAAAGGCGUAAUGAUCGGCUGUUAAUAUGUACGUUUACUGAGGCAGGAGCGUCAAUUUUUGAAAGGUUGAAGACUUCGAUGAAGUUGUGCAGCAGAGAACCGAAUUCUGAACACAAGUUGGCUGUGACGGAAGUGGGAAACUCAGGACUUGUCUCGACUUUGGCAAGGCAGAGAGUUGCCUCAAAUGAGCAAGGUUUGAAAUGGAAGGAAGAUGCUAAAUCCUCCCUUGCUUCGCGUGUCGACGAUGCGAAUUCUGAUCACAACUCUGCUAUGACUGGAGACCGCAAACCCGGGAGGAUACGAGAGGGUUUCAGAAGAGAGGAAAGUUGGCCCACAGGAGAAAGACCUGAAACGGGAGGUACGUGAUGAAGAACUCUGUACGUACACGUCAAACUUGAUGCACCUUUCCCGUGCUUCUGAGAGCCCAGCAAGUUCAAAACUUUCUUACCACGAUGGAGGAGCGUGUCGAGACGUGGGUAUAAAUGACCCUAACUUGAGUUUCCCGUUUACUAACUUGGCGAGUCACGGAGAAAACUUGGGCCUCUCCGUGCCGACUGAAGUUAGAAUGGACUCAGGGAAUGAGAAUGACGUAUUGACAGUCAUCGGAGACUGUGUAUCUCAUCCAGACGUCAUCGUUCCUCGCGUAAAUGAAACCUUGCCAAGCUACUCUGAAGAUACAAUGAAAAGUUCCCGAGAUUGGGCCUUGUAUUACUGUUCAUUGGUGACUAAGGAAAACACUGCAGCUGCUAGGAAAGGAACACAACAGCACCAAGCGACGCUAAAUCAGAGCCAGGACAUCUUCCCCACACCCGUGACUGAGAGUCGCUGGAGAGUCAACGCCAGGAAAGAAAUUGUUCAGUGUUAUUGUGGAAAUCCUGAGACUGAGAAAUAUGGAGACCUGAAGGUAGUGCAGGAGCAAAAUCCAGAGAGUUUGCUACUUCUUCGGGACUCGUGUAGCGAGACUAGAGAAGACCGGCUCUGUAGAGCCUCCAGCCAGACCACUCACUCAGACCACGAUCAUUCAUGGAGAGCUCCACACCAGACCACUCACAUAGACCACAGCUCACUCCAGCGACCUACCAGCAGCCAGCAGAGUAGUGAGCAGCGUUCUACACCCCACUCAGACUACCAGCCCACCAGACAUCGUCUGUGUGGUGGGCAGCUUAGGACAGUCCACAGCCCCUCUCAAUCUACUUCCGAAAGUCACUCAGUGACCCCGUGGGGCAGAUGUAGGGACACGGGGCCAUCGUGGGCACUGUGGGUACUGCCUCUGCUCCUACUGCCCACUGUCGUACUGGCAGACACCGAAGUUCGACCCUCGUUGGCUACACCACUGCAAAACUUGACUGUAGCAGCGGGACGUAGAGCCAGACUGACUUGUGUAGUGGAGAACCUGGGUAACUACAAGGUAGCGUGGACACACUAUGGACGCACCGGAAGAGCGGUGCUCACAGUGGACACCCAGGUGAUCACUAAAAACCAGAGGGUGUCCCUCCUGAAGGAGAGAGGAGGAGCUUCCUGGUCCCUGGUCAUUAAGAACGUCACCACCACCGACCUGGGAGACUACUUGUGCCAGGUCAACACUGUACCACCAGAGAAACUCUACUUUCACAUAUCCGUCGUGGUUCCUCCCGUUAUCGUGCGUCCUCCAGAGGACGUGACAGUGGCCGAGGGUGAUGAGGUCACCCUUGAGUGCGACGCUACAGGUGACCCGUCCCCCACACUCACCUGGAGGAGGGAGGAUGGUAACCCCUUCUCCCUCAAUCACUCUAGAGUGCGGGAGGCAGGCGGGCCACGUCUCCAGUUGGCCUCCGUCAGUAGGGAGGACAGCGGAGCUUUCCUGUGUGUAGCCUCCAAUGGGGUGCCUCCGGCAGUGUCCGCCCGCGUUGAAGUCUCCGUUAAGUGUGAGUACAGUAUAGUUCAUGGGAGUACAUGGAAAAGACAGAUAUCAGAAGAGGGGUCGCUGGAGACGUGGGAGCCCUGGGGGACUGGCAGAUCCACCUUGGUCAUCACCUCCGUCACCCAAGAGGACUUCGGUCACUACCGCUGCACUGUCGUUAACACGCUAGGCUCUAACUCUUCUAUGUUGGCGCUUGUCGAGCUCUCCACUACCACAACUACAACCACGACAACAACCACCACUACUACCACCCUCUCUACCACCACUACUACUACUACCGAAGCUACUCCUGAGACAGAAGGAGAUAUGUACAACGUUAAGGGUCGAGUAGACGGCAAGGUACUGGAGAAAAUCUACCUGGUGCCUGAUACAGCUUCCUCAUCCACUUCCUCUUCAUCCUCCUCCUGGCAGCAUACGAGUGCCCCCCCAGGAGCUGCUUCCCCCACCGAGGCCGCCCCCCACCGCUACGUCCAGGACGCUGCGCCUCCCAGCGACCCCCGCCCCCGCCCACUCUACCCUGUCAAGAGAAUAUUUACGCAUUUAUCCAAAGAACUCAAAGGCCGCUUUUCUGGAGCAAACAAAGCAAGCAAACAUGCAAACAAUCUCAACUCUGGACAAGGAAAAGGUCGCUGGCGACGUUAUAUAUCUGGCAAGAGGUCGCUGGCGACGUUAUAUAUCUGGCAAGAGGUCGCUGGCGACGUUAUAUAUCUGGCAAGAGGUCGCUGGCGACGUUAUAUAUCUGGCAAGAGGUCCUUGACGACGUUAUAUAUCUGGCAAGAGGUCCUUGACGACGUUAUAUAUCUGGCAAGAGGUCGCUGGCGACGUUAUAUAUCUGGCAAGAGGUCGCUGGCGACGUUAUAUAUCUGGCAAGAGGUCGCUGGCGACGUUAUAUAUCUGCAAGAGGUCGCUGGCGACGUUUAUAUUGGCAAGAGGUCGCUGGCGACGUUAUAUAUUGCAGAGUCGAUGCGAGUUAUAUAUCUGGCAAGAGGUCGCUGGCGACGUUAUAUAUCUGGCAAGAGGUCGGUGGCGACGGCAGUAUUACAAGGGAGUCAAAAUACAAACAUUUAA